AGGAGCUGAAGUGCAGGAACAGGAGGCACUGCAGCUGAACAGAGGGCAGAACAGAGAGAGAGAGAGAGGGAGAGAGACAUAAACAUCCAAAUACAGGUUUUAAACGUGGUUGAACACAGUCUCGCGGUAAGGAGAGUCUGGCUGUAGGUCUGUGCAGUGAACACGUGACUAAACACAAACACCUGGUGAGGGAAACCUGCGAAACCCGAGCCUGGAACUUCAUGACAGAGCGCUGCGGACCAGCACGAGCGGAGGAAGCUGUCAGCCCAUGAAGAGUCUCUUGUCCACACUGUUCUUUGGCAGAGCUGGAUUUCUGAAAGCUGUGGGCAUACACCUCUCAACAGCAGGUUGCAUGGUAAGCUGGAGUUGAUGCAUGGCAUUUGCAUGACCCCAUUCAGUGACUGUGUGGGGUUGAGAGUGACCUGCUGCAGCCAUGGCCCAAACCAUGCAGCUUAAUGGCAACACUACAGAGAAAGAUGAAGAGGACAAGGAAUCUGUGGCCCCCUAUUAUUUGGAAACCCCAUAUGGUUAUCAGCUAGACCUGGACUUCCUGAAGUAUGUGGAUGACAUAGAAAGAGGAAACACCAUCAAGAAGCUGAACAUUCAGAGGAAACCCAAAGUGCCCAGAUGUGUGCCUUCUUCUCAGAGCGGAGGUCAGGCGGAGUGGACGUCUACUGACUCCUUGUCCUCCUCCAACAGUGAUGAAAGCAAACAGUCGCCGGUGUAUUUUACAACUCGGAGUCAGCUAGCCUCCCUGAGCCAUAUUGGCCAAGUCCAUGAGCCUCCUCAGGCCUUUGUGAACGUUCUUGAGGCCAAGCAGCAACAGCUGCUGCCGCCACCCUCACCCCGCCUGCCUCGCCAUAACCCCCAGGUGGAGAAAACACUGAUGGAGACACGCAGGCGACUGGAGCAGGAGCGGCUACUCAUGCAGCCACCAGCGAGCGAGCCGCCCCGGAGGCGCCUGGCCAGCUUUGGGGGAAUGGGCUCCAGCAGCUCCCUGUCAUCUUACGGGGGUUCCUAUGGGCCAAGCCAGAUCUUGCCCAGUUCGAAUAGUCUGCAGCAUAAUGGACAUCUGGCUAAUGGUGAAUACAACCUCUAUUUAGCCUCCUCCAUGGGGAGCUCCAUACGUCACAGCCCACUCAGCUCGGGCAUGACGACGCCAGUCACCAACAUUAGCCCCUUGCACCUUCAGAACAUCAGAGAUCAGAUGAUGGUAGCUCUCAAACGACUAAAAGAGCUUGAAGAGCAGGUGAAGACCAUCCCGAUUCUUCAAGUCAAGAUCUCAGUUUUGCAGGAAGAAAAGAGGCAGUUGGUGUCACAGUUGAAGAACCCAAAACUUGCUGGGCAGGGCCCACUUGGGGGCUUUCGGAAGCGUUCAUACAGUGUGGGCAGUGCUGACCAGUAUGAGCCAGUGGCACAACUCAAGUCAGGCUCAGAGUUGCACAUCGAUGAGCCGGAGAAUGUGGAACAGAGUUCCCAAAGGCUACAAGAGUUUCGGCAACUGACGGCUGAGGUACAAGCGUUGGAGAAGAAGAUCCAGGACAGCAAUGAGGAACCAGAGCGUGGCUUAAACCAAAUGCAGCACAAUACAAACCAAAAUUCUUUGCAGAGGCAGUGGAACCGUGAAAGCAAAUCCAUUGGUGUAGGUGCGGAUGAGAACAUGAACGAUGUGGUGAUCUACCGGAGGUUACCAGGACGGAAUAAGGAUGUUUGUAUAGGGACUGAAAACAAGACCAGGAGCACUGGAGUUGGGGUGACUGAGGCCAUGCUGGGCAUGACCACUGAGGCUGAGGCUGAAAUCGAGUUGCAGCACCAGACUAUCGAAUCCCUUAAAGAGAAGAUUUACAGACUGGAGGUGCAGCUCAAGGAGACCACCCAUGAGAUGGAAAUGGGCAAGCUCAAGCUGGAACUCCAGGUGGCUGGCUCCAGAAAGAAAGUGGAUAAGGGUUCAAUGGCCAGGCCUGAGAUGUACAGCACUUCAGUGGAAGCCAAGGUCUCCACGCAAAGUCAAGGGGUCGGGAACCAUGCUGAAUUUAGUGACAACAGCACUGGCCAUGUUUCGCAAACACAAACUGUUGGUGUCUCAUGUAGACCGGAUUUGAGGAACGUCGCUGUGGGUCCAGAGUUGCCAAUGGAGAGGUGGAUUGUGCAAGAACGUGUGGAAGUGCAAGAUCAGUGUGUCGGAAAACAGGUUAUAUUGUGCCACCAGAAGGUCGGAGUGGAACUAAGUACGUGCGAAAUGGGAGUCAACACAGAGUUGACUGUGGAAAAUUUAGGACUUUGCAAGACAGAGCCUGAACAGGCCAAGGAGUACAGGUCUAUUGGAUGUGGAGAUUGUUCAGUGGAUGUAUUGGUUAGUCCUAUAAAGGAGCUGUUUUCGCAGGGCACAGCAACUGACCUGGUGAGAAAAUUGGACUCUGCUGUAAUGGUUUCGCCCACAAUGCACUGUCAGCAUACAAACACAGAAGUGAAGACUUCCGUAGGUAGGUGUACCAACACUGAGAGUGUAAUCCUCAUCGAUUCCUGCACCAACACUCAAUCAAACUCAAAAGACAAGCAGACCAGCACUGUACCAUUGGAGACUCGCACAGUUGCUAUCGGCGAAGGUCUUGUAAAAGAUAUCCAGGCCACAGUGAAGACCCGCUCCAUCGCAGUGGGCACCACAGCAUCGGAAGACACUACUGAGAAGCUGGCCUCUUCCAAAACCAAAGAGAGUGGGGUUGGGCAUGCUAGUGUACAUGAGAACUUUUUAGUUGGUCUCAAGACACGGAACAUAGCGUGUGGCCCCUCUCAACCCUGCAACCAAGCUAGUGAAAAGAGUACAACAGUGGAACGGAUGGUAACACCAGAGAAGAGUCUGCAGUUGCAGGCCAGUGCUGGAUGUGGGGUAAGCUUGGACCACUACAUCGAGAAAGUACAGAAGCUCCUACAGGAGCAGCAGAUGUUGCUGGCUGAGAAUUACAGCGAGCUGGCAGAUGCUUUUGGUCCACCUCAACAGUCACAGUUUAGCAACAUAAACAGCGAACUGGUGACCACCCUAUCGUCCAUCAACUCGGUGAUGAAGUAUGGCAGCAUUGAGGAUCUUCAUGCCUUGGACCUGCACAAGCUACAAACAGACUCUGGAAAUGUGCGAACAGAUACACAGAUUGCAAGCUCCCAGUCGGUCGGUGUGAGAACAGAAGUCACUCGCACAGAGAAAGUGUGUGUUGAGGACCCCGUGACCCACGAGCAGAGCGCUGCCGCACAGAAGAGCCGCAUGGACCAGCAGAUGUCCACUGCUCUUCAUGGUGGUCAGAGCACCUUGAAAUCCAUUAUGAAGAAGAAAGAUGGCCGCCAGGGAACUAAUGGCACCAAAAAGAACCUACAGUUUGUUGGUGUAAAUGGAGGGUAUGAGACAACGUCAAGUGAUGACUCCAGCUCUGAGGAGAGCAGCUCUGACGAAGGCUCUGAAGAAGACGAGGAGGAACAGGAGAGGGUGGGAGAUGUGAAGGAGAAGAGGAAAGAGGAGUUUAAUAACGAAGGCGCAGUGGAUGUGGAGAGGGACGUGGAAGAUAUGGGUCAGGACAAGCAGGAGACGAGAGAGAGGUACGAGUUAAGUGAAAAGAUGCUUGCUGCAUGCAUCGUUGUGAAAGCCCACCUGAAUGACCCCAAGAGUUCAUCUAGCAAAGAAGUGAGGAUGUGCAUGAACACAGUGCAGCAUGAGUGGUUCCGUGUGUCCAGUCAGAAGACAGCAGUGGCGACCAUGGUGGAGGAUUACCUGAACGCUUUCCGGAACAUAUCACCUGCCCUGCUGAAGCACGUGGUUAACCUGGCUGACGGCAAUGGCAACACCGCCCUCCACUACAGCGUUUCUCAUUCUAACUUCCAUAUUGUCAAGAAACUUUUGGAUGCAAAUGUCUGCAACGUCAAUCAGCAGAACAAGGCCGGCUACACUCCCAUCAUGCUGGCCGCGCUAGCUGCAGUGGAGGCUCCUAAAGACAUGCGGGUGGUGGAGGAACUCUUCAGCAAAGGGGACGUCAACUCAAAAGCCAGCCAGGCUGGCCAGACGGGGCUGAUGCUGGCGGUCAGCCACGGCCGGAUGGACAUGGUAAAGGCCCUGCUGGCCUGUGGUGCCGAUGUGAACAUCCAGGAUGAUGAAGGCUCCACGGCGCUCAUGUGUGCCAGCGAGCACGGCCAUGUGGAGAUCGUCAAGCUGCUGCUGGCCCAGCCAGGCUGCGAUGCCACACUAAGUGACAAUGAUGAAAGUACUGCGUUGUCUAUUGCUCUGGAAGCUGGACACAAAGACAUCGCAGUGUUGCUGUAUGCUCAUGUUAACUUCUCCAAAGCCCAAUCACCAGGAACGCCUCGGCUUGGCAGGAAGACAUCCCCCAGUCCCACCAGACGAGGCAUGUUUGAUUAAAGAAGCCGAAGCCCCUGUGCCUCCCACAACCUUUCACUGCUGCUAUUCCUUAUGGUUCAUUCGUGCCUAGCUUUCUAUUCUGCAAUCCACAAAACCCCAGCAAAGGACUUGGAACACAUGCCUUUCAUGUUCAGCACUUUUUCCUGACUUCAGUCUCACACUCAUGACUUCCGUUCUGGUUCAGGAUUUCUGGUUCAGUUAGGGGCGAGAUGCAGAAUAGGUGUCUUUUUUUGGUGUUUGUUUUGUUUCUUUUUGUGCCUGAAGUCACCAGCAUUUUUUUUUUGCAAAUAAAAAACCCUGCAACAGCAACAGUGCACCCACAUUUCAACUGGAAUUUUAACAGACUUUAGCAGACUAAUGUAGAUUAUAAUAUAUACCCAUGUUCUCUUUUUGCCAUCGAGUUGUCCAAACUUCUCAAAGUUUUGUGUUUUAAAAUCACAAAUGAAACAAAUUCCAAGAUAUGGCCAAUGUUGCCUGAACUGAAGCUUUAUAUAUAUAUUUUAAUAUUUUAAUCCUAUGUAUAUAUAUACUCGGCUUUUGCAACCUAGAGGGUGUAAAUCAGUUCCAGUAGACAUAUACAAUGGGAAUGAAAGGUUGAAUUACAGAUUUUGGACGUUAUUAUAAGCGGUAUAUAUAUAAAUAUAUAUCUAGAUUGGAUAUGGUCCUUACUUUUAUACAUGCCAUUUUUAUUUAAUCACAGUAUUUUGGAUAUUUACUAUUACUAUUCCUAACAGAACACAGAAGUUAAAUAUUUAUCGGGUCAAAGUUUUUAUUACAGAUAAUUGUAUUUUCGUUAUAUGUAAAUGUUUACAGUACAUGGAUAUGGUAGAUCUGAAUACCCUUCAUUUGGUAAAUAAACUUCUAUCAUUUAUCCAUUAUGUGGUUCUUUUCUCAGAAAUCCACUUUCAAAAUUCCGACUUUCCAGUUAAUAAACUACUAAAAAUGA